AUGCUGAUGUGCCGAUCCAACAACUACCCGAAGGGUUUCUACUGCAGCUGGCACCUGCCCACUCCCACCUACAUCCCCAACUCCUUUAACAUCUCCGUCAUACACGGCACGAGGGAGAUGGUCUGUGAGAAGGAUGUCUUUCCCAAAAACAGGUGUCACAUCCGAUACCUCCAGCUCUUCUCGACGGUGAAGUACAAGGUGACUCUGACAGUCACGAAUGCUCUGGGCAAAAACUCUACCACUCUCACCUUUGACGAGUUUGCCAUAGUAAAGCCGGACCCUCCAGAGAGCGUGGUGGCCAAACCUGUGCCCAAUAACCCUCGGAGGCUGGAGGUCUCAUGGCAAAACCCCUCGUCCUGGCCCGACCCUGAGUCUUUCCCGCUCAAGUUCUUCCUGCGGUACCGGCCCCUCAUCCUGGACCAGUGGCAACACGUAAGCAACGCUGAGCUGGCCGGGACGGGAGGGAGCAGGGGGAGCUGGUGCCUGGGAACAAGCUGCACUGUGAACAAGUG